AUCAGCUGUGUGAUAAUAAACAAACACAUGACGGAGGUUCAGCUGUAGAUUCUCAGGUUUGUGUUUGUUCAUGCACACACAUGUUAAACAUGAAUCAGCGAGUGUUAUGAAUGACGUCCAUCAGCAAAAUGCUGAAAGAAGAUCUCAUCUGUCAACACUGACGCGGAUAAAAACCUGAUGGUGCAUCAGAAACACAUCCGAGAUGUUUCUUCAGGUUGUUGCAGACCUUCAUCCUGUCAAGAUGUUGUGCAUUCUGAGCCUCCUCGCAGCCGCUUGUUUUGUGACGGGAGACAGUUCCACACAGAACCCAAAUGUUGUCAGUGUGGCCAACUUUGCCAUCGACUUUCAUAAUCGCAUGAAUAACUACCCGUAUGCCUUUAAAGUGGUGAACAUCAUCUCAGAUUCAGCUCAGAUGUACCCUCCAGCACGGGUGAAGUACACACUAGAGGUAGAAACGGCUCAGACGGUCUGCAGGAAUCAGGAGAAUGUAAAUCUGCAAGAUUGUGCUCUGCAGUCUAAUGCUGAGACUAUGAUCUGCUCCUUUGUUGUUUUCGCUGUGCCAGGAAACAACACGAUCCCUAAACGACUGCUGUCAGAUCAGUGUGUGUCUGAUGGCAGAUGGUUAGUUUGAGAAACAUAGUAAAAUGUUUUCACUGUUCCAUGCCUGCUUAAUACUGUUAUAUUUAGGCUGUUGACAUGUAUCACUAUUCCUAUAUUGUGGUAGAAUAAUGUUAUUUUUUGCACAAAAAUCUUGUUGUUUGAUCUUGAAGUGAAGAGUGGUUUCAUGUUAAAGUAAAAUAAAAAAGUAAAUAAUAAUA